GAAAAGGUAAAGUGGCUUCACGACGACGUUAUAUCGAUCAGCUCGUCGUCGAAGUUGAAGCGAGAACGAAACUGGUCAUUUGAUAUAUAUAUAUAGAUAUAUAUAUUAGACUUCGAGCCUCUUGCCCUAGAUAGAAGAUCAUCAUCAAGCUCGAUCUUGAAAUUCUACAGAUCUGGCUGUGAGAUCAGAUAGAAAGGAUAGAGAGAUGUCAACGACGACGACGUCUCAGGGUAUUGUGACGAACCAGAGCUUGUUUUAUGAUCAGGAUCAGAUGGGUCUGCUUUCUUUCCCAGUAAACCUGGGCUUCAAUUUCCCUCCCGUAAUGGGAACUUAUUUCCAUAAUCAUCAUCAUCAAUUACCAGCUUUGAAAUCUUUCAGUGAAAUAUCUGCUCCGUCUUCAUCACUUGCAAUAUCUGAAGCUGCACUUUCCAAUUCUACUGCUACCACAACACCAAAUCUAACACCUGAAACACAUAUCUCUUUCACAUCUCAUAAACCAAUCAGAGAAGACAUCACUCAGCUCCUUUCCCUCCAUAGAUCCUCUCUAAAUCCAUGGGCAUGGGGAUCAGAAGAGAGUGACUGUAAGAGAAGUGAAUUAGGAGAAGGUGAUCAUGAUCAUCAUCAACAUGGGGUUUCUGCGAUGAAGAUGAAGAGAUCAAUGAAGGGAAGAAGGAAGGUGAGAGAACCCAGGUUUUGCUUCAAGACAAUGAGCGAUGUCGAUGUCUUGGACGAUGGCUAUAAGUGGAGGAAGUACGGCCAGAAAGUUGUCAAGAACACUCAUCAUCCCAGGAGCUACUAUCGGUGCACACAAGAUAAUUGUAGGGUGAAGAAGAGGGUGGAAAGGCUAGCAGAGGAUCCAAGGAUGGUGAUAACAACAUAUGAAGGAAGACAUGCUCACUCUCCUUCCAAUGACCUCGAAGAUUCUCAGACUCCUCCUUCUCAGCUUACCAGUUUCUUGUGGUAGCUUCCUUAUAAGCCACACCCUUGUACACGCACAUGCAUAAACAUGUGAUGAGAUAUUGAUGUUCAUUAUAUAAACACCACAUCGAUAGCUAGCAGGAGAGGGUGUACUUCGUGCAAUUCAUGAAAUUUGAGUGACAGAGAGAGAGAGAGAGAGAGAGAGAGAGAGAGAGAGAGAGAGAGAGAGAGAGAGGAGUCACAACAUUGACAAUUAUUAUUGUUGUGUAUGAGAAGUUUGAAUUCUCGACGACAUCGUCUUUCAUUUGUAUCUUGUCUGAUUUUACUCCUUUCAUGAAUUCUCAUUCCUAUUC